UUGAUUUCAAUGGACAGCGCGGAAGAAAAUUUAAAACAAAUUUUGGCAAACAAAUAUCCCGGCCUGGUGGUAGAAUGUGGCGGAACGAAUCCCAAAUCGUUGCUCAUCCAUGGAGUCAUGAGCAGCAGUGAGGGUCGUUGGCUUCGUCUCAAGCUUUUGGUACCAAAUUAUCCAGGUCUCAAAAAGUUUCAAUUAUAUGUGCAGCAUCAAAUGGAGUACAAAUGCUACACAAGCCAGAAUUUGCCAAUACAGGAUAAUUGGAAUUUGGAAGAUUUACUGGCCAAUCUAUGGGAACUGAUGCCAUCAGAAACAAGUCAAGAUGUUAUUAAAGUUUCAUCCCGCCCCAAGAGUAAUAUUUAUGAAGAGAUCCUUGAACUUCAUAAGCCUCUAGAUUAUCACUUGCAAUUGAAUGAUUCUUGCACUCGCAUACGCUUUAGCCGAUUUGCCGAGAUGGACCAACACUUUUUGGAACUGGAGCUGCCCAGUUUGCGUCUACUGGAGCACAGCCUGCCCGAUUGUGUGCCCUUGGCGACUAUGUUAAGCAAAAAUGUUCGUUGCCUACGCGAUGCCCUGCAAUUGUAUCAGAAGUUGUUGGAAGACUUGCGUCCAUUCUAUGAGACAUUCAUGGAUAUUGAUGAGCUAUGCCAUGUGCUGCAGCCAUCUCCUGUAACCACCAAGGACAACAGUCGAGUAUUCCCUCUAAAAGAACGCGUUUAUCUUAAGGUUAUCAUUGCCGAUCCUCUGGCCUAUCAAGCUUCUAUGUCCUUACAAAUUAUUGGCCCAACCGAAGAGGUGGCCCAAUUGCGUCAUAAACUAAACGAUGGUCUGGCCAAUUGGGACAUUGAAUUGGAUAUGCAUAAGAAUUUGUUACGUGUCUUUGAUUUGUGUUACUUUCCCAUGCCCGACAUGAGUGAGAAUCCCAAAGACAAGGGCGAGGAGCACGAGCAGGAGGAGCAUUGUAACAUUUGUUUUGUCUAUCGGUUGGAUAAUGGCCAAGUGCCUUUGGUCUCUUGCGACAAUGCGAGAUGUGUAUUAAAGUGUCAUGCCGCCUGCCUAAAGGAAUGGUUCAACACUCUAAUGGAUGGCAAAACAUUUCUAGAGGUUUCCUUUGGACUGUGUCCUUUCUGCAAGGCGAAAUUAUCUACUUCCUUUGCUGCUCUUUUGGAUGAUUAAGAAAUGGAGAUAUGCAGUUUUAUUUGGAAAAUGGGUGAUUUAGUUAAUACAUGACCGUAUUUAGUUAAUGACCUCUACCAAGAAGGGACUACACAAAAUAAAAAUGACUUUAGCAUAUGGCAAAUUGGUGUUACAAGGCCGCAAAUAAUAUACAAAUAUCAUAAAAAUAUGUAAUUUAAGAUCUGCCUGGCCUGGACUAAUUAUAUCUAUAAACUUUUCAAAAGUA